GUACGCGUUGUGUCUCGUCUGUCUCCCUCCCUCCCUCUCUCCCCAUCGUCAAAACCUCUCUUCCCCGGCUCUUCUUCCCACACCCACCUUUCCCUCGACCAACCGCCCACGUCCACCGCCCGAACCAUGCGUCACGUCGCCCUCAAGACAUGCCCGAGCCAUUGAAUUAUUCUCUGCCGUCUCGAACCGCAAGUCUCUCCUUCCUCACCGACGCUCCCGCCGCUCUUGUCGCCCGAUCCCUCUCGACAUCGACGGCCACUACCCGACGACUACGCAACAGCGACUACUGCUCGCCCUUAAUCUCCGACCGGCUUCUUUGUGUCUCUCGUCCUUGUCAAUAGACCCGCGAUACGCUGACACGCCGAUACGCCUUCCGUCAAUUGUCUUCGGCAAAUCCCAAGCGAUCAACGAUACCCAGAAACCAGCCCCCCGACGAACGAUACGAACGACGGUCGUCUUGUAUUCUACAAAUUGCGUCUUGUUAUUGUUCUUGUUCUCCUUAUCGCGAAGAAUGCGCUGAGGUAUCGCCCGGCCUCUUAUUUCCUGAUCCAACGACGAACGACAUUAUUCGAGGACACGACAUUUUCCCUCAUCUCGCUCGCUACCGACUAACCCCUGCCGUUUGGAAAGGGGAAAGAGACCGAGAACGCGGGAAAAAACAACGGCAUCGCUCAGAAUAGUGACCACAGCUGCUCGACACCCCCGUCACACACAAUCACACUACCACAACCAGUUGCGUCCAGCCUCUCGACGCCUCGAACCCCGGCCGACCGACCAUGCCCACCUACCUCACCCGCGAGAACUCUCCCAUCUACUCGUCAAACGCCGAUAUCCUCAACCUCGACCCAAACAAUACGCUGGACUUCUCGGGCCACAAGCAUCCCAUUAAUGGGCUCACACACACCCUGCCGCUCCGUCAUUCACGCUCAAACAACCUCCAUGACAGCUUCGACGAAAGCUCCACCUCGUCAACACACGCCUCGGACGUCUCUGAUUCCAUCCCCACUCAGAUGAAUGGGACGAGGCCGACGAGCAUGAGCUCGUUGCCCAACGGCUCGGCAGGGGCCGGAGGCGGCGCAGAUUUUGGUGAUCACGACCACGACCACGACCACGACCAAGAUAGUCAUGGCGAUCACAACGACUACAGGAAUCGCAAGUACCCCUUCCAGAAUGGUGCCACCUUGUCGAUGCCCGAUCGGACCGCGCCGCCUCCACCCAUCACUGUUGUGAAAAAGCCCACCUCCGAUACCGAGCAAUCGAGCCCGACGGACAACUACCUGACGCCGCCCACCAUCGGCUCGCCCGCCGCCGGUUCCAUCGAUCACACCAUCAAGACCAAUGGCACCAGCAGUCCAAACUACGCACCCCCGGCGAUACCCUCCAACGGCUACGCAACACCCGCCCCCGCUGUGAGCACUACAUCGCUAUCGCCAGACCCAAAUGCCCACAAGCAGCCGUCGUCGCCCCACCGCUUCUCCUCUCCGCCACUGUACAACUCGGCCGGUGCUACCCCCAACGCGUCGACCUCGACGGGUCUGCAACCGCCCAACGGAGGACUCAAGCACCGACACACGCUCGAGGUCCCCGGUACGCAAUCCAACCGGGCUUCCAAGGAUGGAUCCGAUACCGCUUUCUCGAGCGGGCGCUUCUCCCCGACGAGCACCACGCAAAGAGUGCGUAGGGCGUCUCUGAACCUGGUGCGGAGAGACACUCGCUCCAUGCAGUCGGAUGCUCCGCGAGACGAGGUCGUCCCCGACGAGGACGCCCUGCGUUGGGCUGAGCACUACCGUCAAAAGCGGGCAAGUAAGAGAAAGAGGAGGGAGGAGGAGGACGACGAUCGCGUGAUAGUGGGCACCAAGGUCGACGAACACCACGCCAACUGGGUCACCGCCUACAAUAUGCUGACGGGUAUCCGCGUCUCUGUGUCCCGCACCAACGCGAAGCUCGACCGGCCCCUCACUGAUGCCGACUUCGAGGCGAAGCAAAAGUCGACUUUUGACAUUGCCGGCAAUGAGUUGGUGCCCUCGGCAAAGUACGAUUUCAAGUUUAAGGAUUAUGCGCCCUGGGUAUUCCGGCAUCUGCGCAAUCGGUUUCGCCUCGACCCCGCCGACUACCUUAUGUCGUUGACUGGGAAGUACAUACUCUCCGAGCUGGGCUCUCCGGGAAAAAGCGGCAGCUUCUUCUACUACUCCAGAGACUACAAGUACAUCAUCAAGACGAUCCAUCAUGCCGAGCACAAGUUUCUGCGCAAGAUCCUCAAGGAUUACUACCACCACGUCACCGAGAACCCCAACACGCUGCUCUCUCAAUUCUAUGGCCUCCACCGCGUCAAGAUGCCCUACGGGAAGAAGAUUCACUUUGUCGUCAUGAACAACCUCUUUCCUCCCCAUCGGGACAUCCAUACCACAUUCGAUUUGAAGGGGUCUACGAUUGGUCGCGACUAUAAGGAAGACGAUCUCGAUAAAAACCCGCGGGCGACGCUGAAAGACCUCAACUGGAUGCGACGCCAACGACACCUUGAGCUGGGUAUUCAGAAGAAGAAGCUCUUCCUGGAACAGUUGCAAAAAGAUGUGGUGUUGAUGAAGAAGCUCAAGAUCAUGGACUACUCCCUAUUGAUUGGCAUCCAUGACUUGCAGCGCGGCAACGAGGAAAAUCUCCGUGGAAAGACACUCCAGGUCUUCAGUCCCGGCGGGGAUAACACCCAAGAGGACGGCGAGCCGCCUUCGGUGCUCCUACGGACCCCCUCCAAGCUGGAGAAUGCCCGCAAGGCGAGGGAGCUGAGGAAUAUGAUCAGGCACGAACGGCCCGUGCCCAUGGGCCAGACGGCGACCCAAAUGCCCGACGAGCUGGAUGAGGGCCAUGCCAGGUCGGGAUAUGUCUUCAACCAGGACGACGGCGGGUUCCAGGCUACCCACGAGGACAACUCGCCUGCCGACGAAAUUUACUACCUUGGCGUCAUCGAUUGCCUGACCCAUUAUGGAAUGAUCAAGAAGAUUGAGCACUUCUGGAAGGGUCUGACAAGCGACAAGACAAAGAUUUCUGCGCUUCCGCCCGAACAGUACGGUGACCGGUUCUUCAACUUCGUCGAGGGCAUCACCAUGUCCCCCGAGGAGGCGAUACGGGAGAAGCAGCGGAAGGACCAGGAGCAAAUCGAGGCUGCCGCCGCUGCUGAGAGACAACGCGUGGCUAGCUGGAGUUCAAGCAUGCGCCGUAGGUCGACGACAACCAACAUCCCGCCGAUGCCCAACUACCAGCCACCACCGACUCCACCCGGCGCCCCGAUGUCGCCCGAAGCCCGCGAUACGGUUGAACGAGCGCAACAGGAUGCUCGCCGGUCAGAAAGACACGGGGCGUCCGAGGCUAGUGUUCCUGAUAUGGUUCUUUCUACGGCCAAAAUGACGGAGCGUCGGGAGUCUGGCGGUCAAGGUGCACCCAUUCUGCCGGUUGUGGAGGAAGCGGCGGAAGCGUCAUCGCUCGGCGGGCGAAGCAGAGGUGGUGGGAGCCGAGACGGUGACGACUUCCGUCCUGCGACGCCAGCGAAACCGGGGAUGGAGAGUAGAUUCGCGGGUCUGAGGGACUACGCGCCGCCCACACCGCCGAAAGGUCACCAUCUCAAGCCCGAGAGCCAGGAUAGCGGUUACGGAGCGCUGCCGAACGGCAACGGCUCCACAGCGAGCAGAGAGGGUUCGAUCAACCUCAAGCCUCGCCUUAGUAGGGACUCGCUGGAUAAGGCCUUGCCGCCACUCCCUAAAGAGGCAGGUGAGCGCAGCAAUCUGCGCGUCGGACUUGUAUAGGGCGCGACUUUCUUGACGCGGAAGGGAAGCCAAGGUAACCGCAUUGUCACGAAUACGAGUGGAGAAGGGUGCAGUCAUACAGGGGAUGAACAAGAACGUGAAGAAGAUAACGAUGAGAAGAGCGGUUGAAGAAGCGGAUGACACGACCAACGAAAAUAACCAAAUCCACAAAUCGCAUCAAACGGGGUCUAUGACGAAUUCUGCAGUCUCCUUCAGCGAGGUCUCACAGCGACCAGGGCAACAGAGAGCCGAGAAGGGACGAGCCACAGAGCUUUUUUUACUAGUGUUUUCUCACAUGGAUGAUACCACCAUUGCAUUGAGCAUGCUUCCAUUUUUUACUUUUCAAACCCCCCUUUUUUCUUUUUCUUCUUUUAUUCUCCUUUCCUUGGGUUUCUCAAUCCAACCUGUCUCUUGUUUCAUGGGUUGUUUUUACCGCAAUACAGAAAGUCACUCAUACAUACAAACAUUGUUCUCGGCGAUGACCACACGCUCAGGAGGACAAGGAUAGGAACUAUUGGGAGGGUAAGAUCAGGACGGCGGAGGAAUUGGUGGGAAAAUUUAUAGCGGUAUUCAGCGGGCGGUUUUCCAUAUACCCCCCAUUGUCGGGGUCGGGCCGUCCUAGGUAGCAUCAAUAGAAGAGAGAAGUUCUCCGACGACUGCGAAAUGCGGGUGUGAUAUGCGGUGAUUUGUUUAUUACAAUAUUCAAGAGGCGAAGGUCGGGUGGGGGAGGCUGAGGUGACGAAUAAGUCGUUGGUGAACCAUUAGUUGUUCAUGAAUACAUUAUUCUACAGAGAUGUAUAUCCUCACAUUGCCGCUUUCCAAAGGGAGGGAGAGAGUAUUUCUAUAUGACAGGUGUUGUACAUGCGGGCUGCCCGGAGGCGAGGGGAGAAGCAGGAAAUGUUGGUAUCGAAAUGACGUGCUUUUAUGUUGGCGAGGCGCGGGUUCGGGUCGUGAAAGGGCUGGUACAGAGGGUCGAGGUGGAGUCGAUAUCGGCACCUUCCGCCCAUUCUCUGUGUGUUUCUCGCUCUUGUUCUUUUUCUUUUUCUUUCUUUUUCGCUUUCACUUCCUCCUUGCGGCGAGCAUGUCCUGCAGAUCGGCCUUGCUCGUGGCGGUGCCUUUGGCGGGCGCGGCGGUGUGGUCGGCGAAGGAGGUAGUGACGUCCAUCUUGACGGCGUUCUCAGCCUCUAGCUGGGCGAUGCGCUGCUUCUUCUGGAUAUCGGCGACGCGCCACUGCUUGAAGUACUUGACCUGCAGGCGGCGGCGCAAUCGCGCUCGAAUUCGGCGUUCUCGGUGGGACAGGCCUUGCGGGCUUUUGUGUCGUCCUUUAAUGCGUCAACAAUGUUGUUGCGGUCGAGGCAGCCGAAGUAAGCGUCGCGAGCGUCCCAGCACUUGCGGCGCUCGCUGCGGUCCGGGGCGCGGGCGCCGGUGCGGACCUCUUCGGCGCGGCGGGUCUCUUCGGACUGGAAGGAAGAAAAGAGGCCCAUUGUGUAGAGAGAGAGUGUGUGUGUGUGUGUAUCGGUGGGUGGAAGUUUGCGCGAUUAUUUCAGAUCAAAUAGAUUGGCUUCGGGGGCGUAGAGUGGUACGAGACGUCGUCGAGGGAGGGUGGCGGUGGUGGUGGUGAUGGGUGGGAUGCUCGAUGGCGG